AUGCAACAAGAGAAGAGCGAAGAAGAUCAUCACAGCCGUCUGAUCAAUGUCACGGCCAAAGAUCUAACGGCCGGAAACCGACGCCUUGUGGAGUCAGCCUCUGCUUACAGGAUGCUUACUCAGAUGGAUCUCUUGAGGUUCCUCAGAGACCAUCACUUUGAUGACCUCAAGACUGUCCUCUCACGCUCUAUCUCCGUUCUCAAAGCCGUUCAUGAUUCCUUAUACGCCAUCACAGAGAGAACAACUGUUUCCAGUGCCAUCAACGUUAUGAAGGGUGCUCUGCUCAACGCUGUCCCUAUCGUUCACGCACCUGAUGUACCACAAGAGGAUCAUCUACAGCUAAUCAAUGGGAGGCAUAGGAAAGUGAUAGGUACGUUUUCGGCAACGGAUUUAAAAGGAUGUCGCUUGCCGGAGUUGCAGACGUGGCUGCCACUCACAGCUCUUGAGUUCACUGAGAAAGCUACGGGGAAAGAGAGGGACGUGGUUAGUUGCGGUGUGGAAGCAACGAUGGAGGUAGCCAUAGAGAAAGUGGUGACCAGAGGAGUGCACAGAGUGUGGGUGUUGGACCAACAGGGUCUUCUUCAAGGGGUCGUCUCCCUCACUGAUAUCAUACGCUCCCUAAGAUCUGCUCUUUUGUAAACGAUGAACUUACUUUGUUUUUUACUUUACCUCAAUAAUCUAACAAUGUAAUCUUAUAGUUUGUAAGAUAUGCUCUUUUUUAUAAUCAACGAGCCCACGUCUUUUACCUC